UAGUGAUUAUAACUAUAAAUGCUCCUGUGGGUACCCAUAAGUGGACACAGGUGUUUAUACAAAUAAUGAAUGGCAAUAUGGUGAAACACAGUCUUAAAAAUGUAAAAUGUGUAUUUAUAGGAGAAAUAUUGUACAAUAGUAAAUGCAUAAAAGUGUAUACAUCUGCCUAUAACUACAUUGUAGUGUGUUAUAAACCAAUUAUUAAAUACUCAUAUAGUCCUUAUGCUAAAUAUAAAAUGCUAAAUAUCGGGAUUUCAAGUCAAGUGUUACCAAUAUCUUUCUGAUUGACCUAAAUAUUUGCUAAAUGCACUGUCAGCAACCACUCACAUUUAACCAGAAUUUCAACCAACCAGUAAGCCCACAGUCUGGGUCACAAGUGUAGAAUUUUAUUUAUCUAUUUAUUUAUUUAUUGAAUCUUUUCAGAUGUUUAUUGUGAUUUUAUGAUCAGUUUUAGACCUAUUUGGAUGGCUUUCACUGCCAUGCAGGAAAGGAAGAGGUUGUACAGGUUUCAUACCAAGGAGAGUUUGCAUAUUCAUAUCAGCAAGUCACAUUAUUACACAACAUUGUAUUUGAUAGUUGAGAAGCUCCACUAAUAAAUCAGUCUUGACCCCUCCAUAAAGCCAUCAUAGGUCUACAUUCUUGAUGAUACAGAGCAGUGUCUCUGGAAUGAAAAACCUGACACUCCUCAGCUUUUUUAUCACUUUAUUUCUAAUUCUGUGUAUUGAUAAAGUGUCAUGAAAAAACUUAGACCCUUUCAUGUGUAACAUGUAGCAGCUCCACCCUUGGGCCUCCAUAAAUUUUGAUGCCUCACUAACUGACACCAAUAUCUGACAGAGGAUCCCUCAGAGGGAAGCUGCUACACAGAUUUCUCCACUCAGUGCAGAGUCAUAGCGCCCUCCUGUGGAAGGGAGGAUAAUAAGGUUGCCACCCCCCUACCCUCCCAUGCAGAAAGGAUACUUUAUGCACAUAGUGUACUUUCUUUAUUAAUUUUUAAAAAUGACAACAGUGAUUCCUCCUUUCAUGAUAAAAGUUUAAAUAAGUAACAGAAAGAGACAGUGAGAAUGAGGCAGAAAGAAGAGAGGAAGGGGAGGAUGGUAAGAUUUGACAGGGGGGGUGGUGGAGCUCAGAGCACCAGGCUGUUGUAUUAAUCUGCAAAUUUUUUCAGAUGACGCAAAGACUGUGACUUUGCCUCCUGUUCCCUCUCCCUCUUCAUCGCCACGUCCCUCCUCUCUCCCUGUCUCUUCCCGAAGCCUCGCACUUGUCGGAUGGGAGACAGGGACACACAGCAGGUUUCACAAAGAUAGGCUUGCCAUCAAAGGGGAAUGCCUCCUGGUCUGCAGCCUACCUGACAGAGCAGUAAUACCUGUGUCCUGUUACUAGGAAAUCUAGGAUUUAGUUAGACCAGAGCCACCAGGGCAGCGCAUCUUGAGCUGGUUCCUAGAGGCCAGCUACGUUUCAUCUCAAGGCAGCUGUGACAUUUCCUGGAGCAGGAAAAUAAUCUGCUGGGGGAGAAAGACAGACUUGCAGCACAACUUCAGGACCUCCUGCUCAGACGACAAAACCAGCUUGCCCUGCCAGAGAUGAUUGCAGACUCUGUAACACAUUUAUCAGGAAUUUAAAUUGCUUUACAAUGGAUGUAUUUUGAAAAGCUCAUGGCCUCUCCUGGUCAUAUUCCAAAGAGCAUACUGGAGCUUAUCUGCAUGCUGUGGUUGUUAAACCUUAUCAACACUCGGGAUAAAGCAUCAGACCCUUCUAACCACCUAGUCUAUGACUGAAUUUCAAGACAAAAAGAAACCCCUUCCCCCUCCUUUCCUUGGUACUCCAUUCACUGAGGAUUAUAUCUCUGCAAUUGGCAGGACAUUUUCCACCCCCAAAAUAUACAAUUCCAGAUCACGCUGGCAAGACUUUGAGUCUGGACUGGCGAUUGUUGCAGAGACUAAAACGGGGCAGAGAUACUGUACGGCCAGAGGGAGCAGGAGAUGAGAAGGUGGAGGUGAAAGUGUGACUACAGAUGGAAUAGCAGGAUGACAAACCAGCUGACAGCCAACCAGUCCAACACAAACAAAGAGAAGGAGAAAGAAGAAAACCAGCGAGAUGACACAAAAGAGGUUGUGUAUAAAGAUGCUGGCUACUGCAGCCGCAACACCCACAACCUGCUGCUGGGACUCACUGUUAUGGGUGUUGUUAUGGGAGCAGUGUUUGGGAUGCUGCUGCGGUACAUGACGGUGACAGACUACUCUGCCCUCACUGUGGUUUCCUUCCCUGGAGAAAUCCUAAUGAGGAUGCUGAAGAUGCUCAUCCUGCCUCUAAUCAUUUCCAGCCUUAUCACAGGAUUGGCUGGUCUAGACGCGCGCUCUAGUGGCAGGAUGGGUAGUCGAGCCAUGGUGUACUACAUGUCGACCACUGUAAUCGCUGCCAUCCUUGGAGUCAUCCUGGUGCUGGGGAUCCACCCAGGGAACCCCAAACUAAGGGGGAGCACGACGAGCACAAGCACAGAGAACCAGGAGGUCAGCAGUUUGGAUGCCUUCCUCGACCUGAUUCGAAACCUCUUCCCUGAGAACCUGGUGCAGGCCUGCUUCCAACAGGUCCAGACAGUGCUGAAAAAGGUGCCGGUUGCAGGACAUAACCAAACUGAGCACAUUUUUGUGAACGGGAAGAAACUGGAAUACAAGUGGGGCAUGAAUGUCCUUGGCUUAAUCGGCUUCUUCAUCACCUUUGGCAUCUGCAUGGGCAGGAUGGGUGAACGGGGGAAGAUCAUGUGUGACUUCUUCAACAUCCUCAACGAGAUUAUCAUGAUGAUGGUUUCCCUUAUCAUGUGGUACUCUCCUCUUGGCAUCGCCUCUCUGAUUGCGGGGAAGAUUGCAGCCAUUGGAGACCUAGAGGUGGUGGCCAGGCAGCUGGGCAUGUACAUGGUGACCGUCACUGUGGGCCUGGUGAUCCACGGCGGCUUGAUCCUACCUGCUAUAUUCUUCAUUAUCACCAGAAAAAGCCCGUUUGUUUUCUACUCUGGAAUCUUCCAGGCUUGGCUCACUGCUCUGGGCACUGCUAGCAGUGCAGGGACGUUACCUGUCACCUUCCGCUGCCUGGAGGAAAAUCUCAAGAUUGAUAAGCGCGUGACUCGCUUCGUGCUACCCAUAGGUGCCACCAUUAAUAUGGACGGCACUGCUCUGUAUGAGGCUGUGGCAGCCAUCUUUAUUGCUCAGAUGAAUGACAUCACCCUGGAUAGUGGACAGAUCCUCACUGUCAGUAUGACAGCCACUCUUGCCAGUGUUGGAGCUGCCAGUAUUCCCAGCGCUGGACUGGUGACCAUGCUGCUCAUCCUGACAGCUGUCGGGUUGCCCACCCACGACAUAAGUCUGCUCAUCGCUGUCGACUGGCUGCUUGACAGAAUGCGUACCUCCAUCAAUGUGGUGGGUGACUCAUUUGGUGCCGGGAUCGUGGAUCACUUGUCCAGGGCAGAGCUCGCUGAACUUGACGCAGCAGAAAUGCAAAUGCUCCUGCCAGAGGAGGAGCUCAAUUUCAUCCCUCCACCACCAAUCCUCACACAAAUGGACCUGGUCGACCCUCUCAAACCGCCCGAGCUGCCUCCUCGCUCCCCUCGCCCGCCCAAACAAAACAACCAUGGCCACAUUCUCUCUCAGUCCCGCUCCAUCACUUAUUCCCCAUCCCGUUCUAUCCGAUCUCCAUCUCCUCGCUCCAUCCGUACUCCUUCUCCGCGCUCCAUCUGCUCCCAUUCUCCCCGGCCUUUCUGUACUAAUUCACCACACCUCCUCAACAGGACGGAGCUGGGCUACUGCUCCCUGCCCAGUCAUGAUAACCAGGUGCCCACACUGCUUCGCUCCCGCAGAGAGAAAGACAGGGAGCGGAAGCAGCUGAGGCGAGAGAGUGAAACAGAAGAGGAGGAGGAGGAGGACAGAGAGAGGGUUUUGGGUGAAAUAAGUGAUGACGAAGACAGUGAUGACACUGCUUAUGAUCGGAGGCAUGCUAUCCCACCGGGUGACCUUCCAUGAUUGGAUUUUACUACCAAAAGGCUUCCCAAAUGAUUUGUUUCCAUAUGUCAGCAGCUUUUCCCACUUUAGUGCACCACUCUGCUGUUGAGCAAGCAUCCAGAGGAGGUCCACUGUAGAUUUCUGACUGGUUACCCAAAAGUAAGGACAAAAAAAAUACAAACAUCAAUUUCAAAUACAAUGGGC